AUGCAACAGCAGCCACAAUCACCUGCUUCACAACCUUUGCAAAGACCUCCUCUUCUCCCAGGUCAAUCUCAACCUCGUCCCAUGAAUUUCAGACCUCAACAAGCACCACCAGGCGCUGGUUAUCGUCCUCCUAUGCAACCUGGGCUUCCUAGACCGGGAUUUCUGCCUCCCAAUGGUUCUACACCUCCCAUUCAACCGGGAUUUCCUGCUGCUGGUGGUAAUGUUCGUCCUGGAUUCAAUCCUAAUCAACAAAGGCCUAUGAUGAGACCUGUAGGCCAAUCGCCCAUGCAGUCGCCUGGCCCUCGCCCUGUGGUAGCUUCUCCCGGUGCCGCUGCUGCUGCCUCUCCUAUUCAGCAACAACAGCAAUUACCUCAAGAGCCUCCAAUGUCGCCUACGACUCAAAACUUGCCUGCCGAGCACCAUAAAAGAAAGAGAAUGUAUCCUGAGCAAAUCACGAAGGCUUAUUCUGGUGAUGUUCCUGUAUCUCCUGGCUAUCCACCUCAACAACAACAACCAGCCUAUGGAUCUUCAGCAAUGGCUAGCCAGCAAGUGCAAUCACAGUUUAUUUCACCCAUGGGCACGCCUGCUGCCACCACACCUUAUGCUCAACCUCAGCAACAGCAACCUGCUUACGGUCAACAACAGCCUCAACAACUCCAGCAGCCUGCUUACAACGCGUAUGGACAAGAUCCUGUAAAUCAAAUGACCUCUCAGUUUGGUAGUAUGAGUAUGGGUGCUGCUCCUCCCGUCACUCCUGCUGUACCUUUGUUGGGAGCUCGUCCUCAAAUUGCUGAUAUUGGAUACAACGGACCCUCCAUUCGCUUGCCACCUAAUAUUUCCGUAACAGAUUCUCCUCAUGUGAACUGCGAUACAUCUUAUCAAUGCGCUACCAUUAACGCGAUCCCUGCAACAGAAUCCUUGCUUAAGAAGUCCAGAUUGCCCUUUGCUCUUGUUUUAGCGCCUUACAGAAGCUUAAAGGAGGGAGAUGAGCCUGUACCCGUUGUGAAGGAUAGUGUCAUUGCAAGAUGCAGACGUUGUAGAACAUAUAUCAACCCUUUUGUGACAUUUGUGGAAGGCGGUCAGCGUUGGAAGUGUAACAUGUGUUUCUUGUUGAACGAUGUGCCAGCAGCCUUUGACUACGACAACCAGACUCAACAGCCAGCUGAUCGUUGGAAGCGUCCUGAAUUGAAUUACGGCUGUGUCGAGUUUGUUGCGCCCACUGAAUACAUGGUUCGACCUCCACAAGCACCUUCAUUCGUAUUCGUGAUUGAUGUGUCUUACUCUGCUAUUCAAUCAGGCAUGUUGGCCACUGCUGCCCGCACCAUUCUGGAUUCCCUUGACCGCUUACCCAACAAUGAAAAUCGCACCCGUGUCGGUAUCAUCACUGUCGAUUCAUCCCUCCAUUUCUACAACUUGAACUCAAAACUCAGCGAACCACAGAUGUUGAUUGUCUCUGAUUUGGAUGAUAUAUACUUGCCUCAGCCUUCUGACUUGUUAGCCAACUUGACUGAAAGCAUGUCCACCCUCAAAACGCUGUUAGAAAAGCUGCCCGACAUGUUCAAGGACUCUGUCAAUGUCAACAAUGCUUUGGGCACAGCACUGCAAGCCGCUUUCAAGCUGUUAUCUCCUGUCGGUGGUAAGAUUAUUUGCUUGCAAUCCACUCUACCCAACACGGGCACUGGAUCAUUGAAGCCUCGCGAAGACGUCAAAUUGCUCGGUACUUCCAAGGAAUCUACGCUCUUGAAUGCUGCUUCUCCCUUCUACAAGUCGUUUGCUGUCGAUUGCUCUCGCUCUCAAGUUGCUUGUGAUAUGAUUAUCUUUGGAGGUCAAUACUCUGAUGUCGCUACUCUAAGCUGUGUGCCUCAUUAUACCGGUGGUCAAACUUACUAUUAUCCUGGAUUCAAUGCUAGUCGCUCCGAAGAUGCGCUCAAAUUUGCUCAUGAAUUCUCUGAAUUGUUGGCUGAACAAAUUGGUUUGGAGGCUGUCAUUCGUAUUCGUGCUUCUCGUGGUUUGCGUAUGAGUGCUUUCCAUGGUAACUUCUUUAUUCGCUCAUCUGAUCUCUUGGCUCUCCCCAAUGUCCCUCGCGAUCAAAACUACGUAGUAGAAGUGGCCAUGGAGGACGAUUUGAAGGUACCUACCGUUUGCUUCCAAACUGCCUUGCUACACACCUCUUGCACUGGUGAAAGACGUAUCCGCGUCAUCACCAUGUGUCUACCUGUCAGUAACUCUAUUUCCGAACUGUAUGCCAGUGCUAACCAACAAGCCAUCACUGCCUAUCUCGCUGUCAAGGCUGUCGAACGUGGUUUGUCUUCUAAAUUGGAUGAUGCUCGUGAUGCUAUCGUGAACAAACUAGUUGAUCUGAUGGGUGUCUACAAGACUCAUGUGUUGGGUUCGGCCCAGGGAUCGACUCCUCAACUGACAGCACCUGAUAAUCUCAAAUUGCUCCCCUUGUUUGCGCUUGGUUUGAUCAAGCACGAUGCUCUACGUCAAAGCUCUCAGAUCCCUACUGAUAUGAGAUCCAACGCUAUGAAUAUGAUCAACACUAUGCCUUUACAACUAUUGAUCCCAUAUCUCUAUGCCAACCUUUACUCUUUACACAAUAUGCCUGCUGACGCUGGAGAAUUCUCAGAAAAUGGUGUUGUAUUCCCUCCUGCCUUGAACUUGACAGCAGAAAAUUUAGAGGUUCACGGUUGUUAUCUUUUGGAAAAUGGACAGAAUAUCUACUUGUGGGUUGGACGCAAUGUGGUUCCUCAACUCUGUGCAGAUCUGUUUGAUGUUAGAUCGUAUGAAGGACUCAAGGGUGGUAAAAUCACCUUGCCGACAUUGGGGACACCACUCAACAGAAAGGUCAAUACACUCAUUGGCAAGCUGAGGGAAAUGCGUCGCGGUAACUACUACCCUACUCUCUAUUUGGUCAAGGAAGAUGGCGACCCCUAUCUCAGAUUAUGGUUCUUGGCCCAUUUGAUUGAAGAUCGCACUGACAACAUUAUGAGCUACCAGCAAUUCUUACAGCACAUCAAGGAUAGAGUCAGUUCAUCAUCAUUUUAA